CUUCGCUGUGGUAUGGUUGUCAUUUCGUCCGUCUAUCGAAUAAAGUGAUAGAUGAAUGGAGAAUAAUUAACAUCAUUGCAGCAAGUCUGACAUUAAUAUUAACAUUACGAUAACGAUCACUGCGACCGCGCGAACGACCAAGUGGAUUCGUGAUAAACGCUUCUACACACCGCCAUGAUCGAUGUGAAAAACAAAGAUGGCGGAAUAAUACGGUGAUCAUAACCAAACGUUGUGGACUGUGGUAGUUAUGUACGGUGGUGGGCGGAGGUCACAGCGGUGUCGCGGCGCCUGAGCGAGGCGGAGCGCGAUGGCCCGGCCGGGGUGAUGCCGCCGCGGCCAGCGGCCGGCCGCGCGGCUAUGGCGGCUGAGGAAGAUCGCCCGCCGCUCCCUCUGUUUACCGCCGUUUACGACUACAUAGCGCAAGGAGAGGACGAGCUCUCCUUGCGUCGAGGUGAGAUCGUCGAAGUCCUGUCGAAGGAUGCUAACAUAUCGGGGGACGAGGGCUGGUGGACUGGGAAAAUCGGCGAUCGCGUUGGCAUCUUCCCCGCCGUGUAUGUUACCGACGACGACCCCCUGGCGGUCACGUCGGUGAUAGGAGAUGUCGACCCGCCCCGAGUAUCAUUUUCUGAGCUGAAACUGGAAGAAGUGAUCGGGGUGGGCGGCUUCGGUAAAGUGUAUCGCGGUUACUGGAACGACGAAGUCGUGGCGGUGAAAGCAGCGCGCCAGGACGCGAACGAAGAUAUCGAAGUGAUAAAAGAGAGUGUGUUGCAAGAGGCGAAACUGUUUUGGAUGUUGCAACAUGAUAAUAUAGUGUCUCUAAAGGGUGUGUGCUUAGAGGAGCCCAAUUUGUGUUUGGUGAUGGAAUACGCGCGUGGAGGUCCUCUGAAUAGAGUGCUGUCAGGCCGCAAGAUUCGGCCUGGGAUCCUCGUAGAUUGGGCGAUCCAGGUGGCGCGAGGGAUGGCCUAUCUUCAUGUCGACGCACCUAUUUCGCUUAUUCAUCGAGAUCUGAAAAGUUCCAAUGUACUGCUCAGCGAAACUAUACUGCCUGAUGAUAAUCUCGAAGACAAGACCCUUAAAAUAACGGAUUUCGGCCUAGCCCGGGAAGUGUACAAGACCACUAGGAUGUCUGCCGCUGGUACAUACGCCUGGAUGCCGCCCGAGGUGAUAAAAAACUCCACCUUCUCUCACGCGUCCGACGUGUGGUCCUACGGUGUACUUCUAUGGGAACUGCUGACGGGCGAAACGCCAUACAAGGGGAUCGAUGCGUUAGCCGUAGCGUACGGCGUCGCGGUGAACAAGCUGACAUUACCCAUACCGAGCACGUGUCCGGAACCAUGGAGAGUGUUGAUGGAAGCGUGCUGGCUUUCCAAUCCUCGCGAAAGGCCCUUAUUCCCCGAGAUCCUGACACAGUUGGAGAGGAUCAGGCAGUCGGAGUUCACACGAGCGCCUCACGAAUCUUUUCACACGAUGCAAGACGGUUGGAGGCUCGAGAUCGAAGAAGUUUUGCGUGAUCUCAGGAGAAAGGAGAAGGAGCUUCGUUGUCGGGAGGAAGAACUAACUCGUGCUCAGUUACAACAACGUCUAGUCGAGCAGAAUCUAGCGCAGAAAGAGAGGGAGCUAGAGAUGAGGGAGAUCGAUCUAGCAGCGAGGGAGUUGCACAUACUAAUCGUUGCGAGCAACAUGUCGCAUAGUCAGCCGCCACAGCCUAAUAAACGAAAAGGCAAAUUCAGUAAGAUAAAGUUGCUCAAGAAGGACACGAUCUCCUCUCCGCUCGACUUCCGGCACACCCUGACCGUGCGACCGUCGGAGGACGAGUGCAGCGUCAAACAGCUGGUAGCCGUCGCCAAGGACACCCCGCCCGGGUCUCCCGCCAUCAUGAGAGCCAUCGCGCUGCCGGCGGACGGCGUGAAGGGCAAGACGUGGGGCCCGUCCACCGGGCACCAGCGCGCGCGCGCGCACCUGCCGCUGCCCGCGCUGCGGCCGCGCGCGCACCGCCCCUCCACCUCCGCGCCGCACCUGCCGCCGCACGCCUCGCCCGCGCGCCACCCGCUGCCAGGAACGUCUCAAGAUAGUCUGCCAUAUCCCUACUUCAGUCCCGACGACUGGGGGCCCGAGUACCCUCUGAGUUCAUCUUCUCGUUAUACCAUACCGAUGCCUACUUUAUACAGUACUGAAGGCUACAAGUACAAGAAGCCCAGCAUCAUCGAGCUGGUGCUGUACAACCUGGCGGCGCUGCUGGGCGGCGUGGCGGCGGGCUACGACCUGCGCGUGUCCAACGUCAGCCCGCUGCACCCCACGCUGCAGCCGCACCGCCCGGAGAUGGAGCCCGAGGUGGUGUACGAGGGCUACGGGUUCGCGCACAACACGUACCACGGGCCCGCCAGACACCUGCGGGCGCCGCUCAACGCGCUCACCGGCGCCGCGCUGCCGAGUCUGCAAACGGAGGAGCAGAAGCCGCUGCGCUUCACGGACUCGCCGUCGUCGUACGCGCCGUCCGCGCAGGCCGCCUCCACCUCCGGCCGCGGCACCGCCCACUCCUCGCAGGCCUCGCCGCGCCUCGCCGACCUCUACCUCGACUACCGCGAGCACUUCCAGCCGCCGCCCGAGCGCCUCGACCUGUUCUACCGCGCCGACCCGUUCGACGAGUUCGAGGCGCGCUCGGCGUCCGAGUCGUCGGCCGGCGACUCGCACGCCGACGAGUCCCCCUCGCGCCGCUACUGGGCCCCCCGGCCCGCGUGCCUGGGCCUGGAGCCGCCGCGCCUGCGCUCCAGCCUGAAGAAGCUGCGGCGCCCCGCGUCCCCGCCGCCCGCGCCGUCCGCGCCCGCGCCCACGCCGCCCGACAGCGCCGGCGCCAGCGAGACGGACAGCAGCUACGCGUCGGCGUCGGGCUCCGCGUCGGGCUCGGCGCGCGUGCGCUUCAGCCCCGACGCGCGGCGCUCGUAGCGCCGGCCCGGGGGCUUCCGCGACUACCUCGUGUGAGCCCCUCCGCCGCUCGUUCUUUUCUGUUCGAUUGUGAAGAGUACAAAUAUAUGUUAAGACGUUCGAGUAGUUUCCGGUGUCUCGGGCGGGCAUCGUGUGUAUAUUUGGACCGACGGUGAUGUAUCGUGUAAAUCUAUUAUGCGUUUUGUACAAAAAAGAUCAAACGGUGGAUAUUUUUUACAAAAAUAUCGUAAUGAUGUAGUUUUAACGUAGGCAGCUUUUGUAUCCCCCUGUGAGGUGUAAAUUAGAAAAAAUAUGUACCUAGUCUGGAUUUCGCAUAUUAGCAUAUCCACAUACUGAUAUUGUAUCCGAUAUUAGUCCCCGCGUAUCGAACGGGACGCCCGCGUGCGACGGACGGCCGGCGGCCGGCCGGCUGCGCGGACGGAGGCCGCGACCGGACGCGGUUCGGAUAUCGUAAGCGAUCAAAAUUAAUUAUAAGGUGUAUAUCGAAAAUUAAUAUUAAAAUUAGCUUUGAUAUUAUUAGCAAAAAAACCAGUGCCUAAAGUAUGCAGGAACGGUUUUGAGAGAUUUGAUGCGAAAAGUAAUUCUUAUGAUGAUAUCGACCAUUGGUAUUCCGAGACCGGGCCAGUAAGUAACACGCUGUAUAAAGGAUAUUUUUUUUUGUUUAUUUACGUGCAAUAAGGUAAUUAUUUGCGUCCAUUUUAAUUUUAUUUUUAUUAUAAAACAAAUAUAUUAAAUAUCGUCGUGAAUUAUCAGUAUUUCGUGCAGUAUUCGAGGUCUAUACAGUAACGUAACUUAUUUUGUACAUACACGAUGUGAGCGAUCUGCCUCAGUGCCAAUACCGACACGUUUCGUUUUCAAUUUGUGUUAAAACGAACGAUUUGUUUAACACGUUAAAAUGAAAUAUAAUUGUAAAACACUGUAAAUAAAUGAAUUCACGGCGCGUUUACUUAAAAAAGCUCUAGUCUUGAAUUAUUUUUUAUUUAAUAUUAUAAUCCGGCAAGUGUUGAGUAGUUACGAGUGACUGGCGGAAUUGUUCCUCACGGACAUUUGAUUAUAUAAUUCGGCAUUCCAUUGUUUCGUGCAAACCUAACAUUCCAUAUUAUUUGAACGUGAUAUUAUGCUCAGUUAAGCGUUUUAGGCGAAUGUAUUGUAAUCGAAGGUUCUGUGUGCCAAUAACAAGAGACGGGAGAUGCCUUAAAUCUGUAAGUUAAACCGACAAAUAAAAAAUAGAUUAAGCUUUUUA